CGCUGUUCAUCUGGAACGCCAGAGGAGAACCCCGAGAAACAAGGCCAGAGGACACAGAAGACAUGUUAAUUAUCUCGUGCUCUGAACCUUCAAUCCACACUUGUUUUUCCCCUUCUUCUUCUUCUUCUUCUUCUUCUUCUUCAGCUGCAAUAUGCAGAAACCCCGGAGAGGCGCUGGUCAUCGAAGAGAUAGAAGUGGCUCCUCCAAAGACCUGGAGGUUCGGAUCAAAAUCACCUGUACAUCGCUCUGCCACACCGACGUUACCUUCUGGAAGUCCAUUUGCAGUCUUUCCGAGGAUUUUCGGGCACGAAGCAGUCGGG